CUUCAUCUACGCCGCCUAGGUUUUAACCGGAAAAAAAAAAAACAUUAUAUCAAAAAUAAUAUUGUCCGAAGAAGCAAGAAAGAACCCAAAAUAAAAAAUCCUUUUAUGUAACAAAACAAUGGUUUCUUCUUCUUGCUCUUCAAUAAUUUCUCCUAAAUGUUCGUCUUCGUUGCCAUUCGCCACCUCCUGCGCACGUUAGCCAACACCACCGUACGCAUAUAAUUCCUUUUAAUUUCCCUUUUGCAUCGACAUGUCAAGAUUCUUUAGAAUUGGUAGUAUUAAAAGAAUUGUACAAUCCCUUGAAAAAAGUCAGAGAAGUGUCUAUUCAGGAGAAAAACACGGAUUGCUUCUUAGGGUUGGGAUAUGUUCUUCUCGAUACAGAUAUUAUGGGCAAUACACAUCUUCUUCUAGAGGAUAUGCUUCAUUUACUGGGUACAGAUUGCAAAAUGGCAUCUAUAACAAUUUUCACAAGAUACAGUCAGCCACUUCAUCAAGUAAUUCUAAAUUACAUCAUGCCCGACUUGCUUGGAAGAGGUUCUUGCUGAAUUCUUUGUACAAGGGAAGAACUUUUGUUCCACUUAGUAGAGUUGCUCAAGCAGUUAGUUUGGCCUUGUGCCGCUCUGCCGUUGUUGUUCCUGGUAUAUUUGCCUUAACAUGUCGAAAAAAUGUAGCAGUGGCAGAAGCUCUCCCGGAUAUGGACCUUUCCCCGCCAAGGAAUUCAUUUUAUCUACGUGCACAAAAUUGUCAUGCUUUAUUUACUCGAGUAAUUCUUUCAGCAUUUGAAGGUGCUAUUCUUUUGGUGAGAGCUUUUUAUUUGGCAAUCCUGUUUUCUCCAAGCAUAGCAAUGGCUCCAUUUGCAGAAGUUCUGGGACCUAGGUUCAGGAAAAUAUGGCUUCAGGUUGUUCACCGGACUCUUGAAAGAGCAGGUCCAGCAUUUAUAAAAUGGGGCCAAUGGGCGGCUACACGGCCGGAUCUGUUCCCAAGAGACUUGUGUGCUGAGCUGUCAAAGCUUCACUCGAAAGCCCCUGAACAUAGCUUUGCCUACACGAAAAGAGUUGUUGAAAAAGCUUUUGGUCGCAAGCUUUCGGAGAUUUUUGACGAGUUUGAGCAGACCCCUGUAGCAUCUGGAAGUAUCGCUCAAGUGCAUCGUGCUUCCUUGAAGUAUAGAUACCGUGGUCGAGAGAUCAAACCUAUAAAAGUGGCAGUGAAGGUUAGACACCCUGGAGUUGGUGAAUCAAUUCGAAGAGACUUUGAGAUUAUCAAUGUCGUUGCAAAAAUAUCAGGGUUCAUACCAUCACUUAAGUGGCUUAGAUUGGAGGAAAGUGUCCAGCAAUUUGCUGUCUUUAUGAUGUCACAAGUUGACCUUGCAAGAGAAGCUGCCCAUCUAAGUCGGUUUAUUUAUAAUUUUCGGAGAUGGAAAAAUGUCUCUUUCCCUAAGCCUGUUUAUCCAUUAGUACAUCCUGCUGUGUUGGUGGAAACUUUUGAGGAAGGUGAAAGUGUUGCCCACUAUGUUGAUGAACUCGUGGGUCACGAACGACUUAAGAGUGCUCUUGCUCAUAUCGGGACUCAUGCACUUCUCAAGAUGCUUCUGGUUGACAACUUUAUGCACGCUGACAUGCAUCCAGGAAAUAUUCUUGUUCGUGUACCACAGCACAAAUCCUCUCGGAAACGUAUAUUCAAGUCAAAGCCCCAUGUGAUUUUCCUCGAUGUAGGCAUGACUGCUGAACUUUCUCAGAACGACAAGCUGAAUUUGCUUGAAUUCUUUAAGGCUGUUGCUCGUCGAGAUGGUAUGACUGCAGCUCAGUGCACUUUAAAUCUGUCAAAGAAGCAGAACUGCCCUGAUCCUGAUGCAUUCAUUAAGGAAGUGAAAGAAUCUUUCGACUUUUGGGGGACUCCAGAAGGAGAUUUAGUCCAUCCUGCUGACUGCAUGAUGCAACUACUUGAACAAGUUAGGCGGCACAGAGUGAACAUUGACGGCAAUGUGUGCACCGCAAUGGUCACAACUUUAGUCCUGGAGGGUUGGCAGCGGAAACUUGAUCCUGAUUAUAAUAUAAUGCACACGUUACAGACGUUGCUUCUUAAAGCCGACUGGGCAAAGGAUCUUUCCUAUACAAUUGAGCAGCUCAUGGCUCCAUGAAAGUUCCUUCAACAAUCAUAUGUUACUGCAAAAGAAUUGCGUCGCGAAUCAUUAUAUACAACACACAAAUGUAUAUUUAGCCGAAAAGACCAAAAAUCAUGUCUAGUUUACUUUUAACCAUUUAGCUAGUAGCCACAUACCUGCCUCACAAAAUUUUGUUAGUGAAGGAUUAUGUACAUUUUUAUCCAAUAAUGCUGACCUCUGGAGCUUGACACACUUGCGCGGCAACAAUGGCGAAGAAAGUAAAAUCUUCCUAAGUUAUUCAUUGAUUUUUCUCUUUCGUUUUUUUGUUUCUUAUUUAGUACUUUUUUCUAGGGAAAAGAAGACUGAAGAUGUUAGAUUUUGUUGUCAUCACUACAAUUUCCCCCUUAUUGUAUGUAAUUCUUCUAGUCUGUUUUGUGCUUGUUUUUCUAUUAGAAGGAAAAAAGAAAAUUUUGUGUAGAAGCUGUCUGUUGUUGAUUGCUAAGGUUUAUUGGCGUUAUGAAAGCUAUUGAUAUUGUACUGAUAAUCAAAUAUUUAAAAUUGUAGAGAGAUAUAGAUUGUUGUACCA